GUUGUCUUGAAACAUGGCUGUUGCUCGAGUUGGAUGCGGUUGAUCUCUACCGUAAAAGACUUAUUUGACGUUUCUAAGCAGGCGAUUCUUUUCAAGGAGAUGUGUCUUCAUGGCUUCUGCCACUCCAUCAAUUCCUUCUACCAAAGAGACCUCUAAUUAUGCUGAGCUCUGUCGCCUUCUUGUCGAUGUUGGAUCAUGUGUGUUAAGGGAGAUCUUUGACAGGGUAUGUCCACCUGGAAACCUUCACACAGUUCUGGCUCAUCCUCAGAACCAAGCAAAAUUACAAACACUUUUGAAGAAGAGAGUCCUGUGUAUCUCUCAGUGGCGAAAACUUUAUCCUGUUGUCAAAUUCUCAGUGUCCUCAGGGAACUUUGACACCUCCCUACUGCUACUCCUGUUGAGGAAUAUCUUUGGCCUGCCUCUCCCUACCAGUAACUGGGAUAAACUUCCUCUGAUAACAGACACCUCUCCAGAGGCUGACAUCACCCGAAUCAAGGUCUUAAGAGAUAGAGUUUGCAGUCAUGCUACCACUGCUUCAGUUGAUGAUUCAACUUUCAGUUCUUACUGGAAUGACAUUAAAGACACUUUUAUGCGUAUUGGAGGGGCUCGCUAUCAGGAUUACAUCCAUGAAAUGACACUUGAUUGUGUGGAUGCUGAUCUUGUAGGAGACUACCAAGAGCUUCUGAGUAAGUGGUUGAAGGAUGAAGACUGCAUCACAGACAAAUCAAAUGAGGAAAAAAUUGUGAAAAAGCCCAGGAAGGAAGGAAAUAUGGAGGAUUCCUUGGACAUUUCUGAACAAAAUUCAUGGGAGAGAGAGACAGUAGUAAUGCCAGCAAAAAAUGGAUCAGCACAGACUGGGAAUAGCAGCCAGCCAGAGCUUAGUGUGAAACUUCCAAAGUUGAGUGAUCUUCCAGCAAUCUUUACUCCGUGGGAAACUGUUGAACUGCCAGUGGAUUUUCUUUUAUUAACAGUAGAGGACUGUGAGUUCCUAAGCUGCUUUGCCUACCUGAAGGAACCCUUCAAGAGUUACCACAUCAGUACUGGUCCUGUGUACUUUGGGUGCAUGGGUAAUGAUCAAGGAAAGAAAAUGAAAAUUGCAUUGAAGAGGUGCUCCAAAGGUUCUGAUGUUCCUGGGGGUUCUUUGUCAGUUUCAAAAGAUGCCAUCUCGGUACUGGGACCCAAGGCUAUUUUAUCUGUUGGUGCCUGCAGCGGUUUGAACAGUGAAGAGGUCAAGUUAGGAGAUGUGGUUGUUUCAGCAAAGCUGAUAACAGCUGCACACAAAACUCCCCCCAGCAGAGAUAUUGGUAACCUGAUCAAACAUGUGGCUGAUGGGUGGAAGGCACCUUUACAGAAUGCUGAUGAAUAUGCUGCCAAAGUACACUGUGAUGGAGUGGUCCUGAGUAUCUCAGAGGCGAACAGAGAUAUGAUUAGGAAACAUCCUGAAGCAAUUGCAGUUGAAAUGGAAGGUGGAGGAGUGUAUACAGCAGCCCAUGAUUUUAAGACAGAAUGGGUGGUAGUCAAGGGCAUCAAAGACUUCGCAGAUGAAAUGCAGUCUUCAAGUAAGAAAUGGAAUCAAAUUGCCUGUGUGAUGGCAGCAUCUGUUGUGGCCAACAUUUUGAAUGAUCCAGUCAUAUUCCAAGAUUGGCCUCACUUUAAUGCAGGUGCCAAUGAAUUACCCUCUCAAGCCGUAAGUGCCUACACUUCAGCUUUAAAGACUUCCAUCAUAGGCCAAACGGAGUUCCAACCCAAACUGCUUGCCUCUCGCACGAUUUCCAACGCGAAAACAGACGAAAUAUUCACAAAUCUUCUCAUACAACAUGGAAGAAAAGCCCUGAUUAAGAAUGACGAGACAUAUUAUUCAAGGAGAAAAGUGCUUGAGUACUACGGGAAUGUCAGCGUUACUCCAGUCAAACACUGCAGUGAAAUAUUUCUUGGCAUGAUUGAUGAUCAGGAAAGUGCUAAUUCUAUUCUUGUCGUUGGAAAAGCAGGGAUUGGGAAAUCCCUGUUUUGCCAGAAGGUGAUUCGCGAUUGGGCCAACAACGAAUUAUUUCAAGCACGAGAAAACACUGAAAUCCCCAAUUUAAAAUUUGUGUAUUUGCUUACUUUCCGUCAAUUGAAUUUGCUUGAAAAUAACUGUGUGACUUUAAGAGAAAUCUUAAAUUGUUGUUCGGUACUGGAUGACAAAUGUAACAUUGAUGACUCAACAUUUGAGUACAUUGUAAAUCAUCCUAAGGAAGUAAUGAUAAUUCUUGACGGCUAUGAUGAGUAUUCUCAGAAAUCCAACAUCGCUGGAAACUUAGAAGAACAGCAUCCCAAUGACGCUAGACGUAAAAUGCCGGUGGCCGCAUUAUGUUCAAAACUCAUCAAAGGAAAAAUCUUGAAAGGGGCUAUCGUCAUGAUUACCUCGCGUCCUGAUGAAUCGGACGAGAUGGGAGGAAUCCGUUUUAAACGGGACGUGGAAAUUGCGGGUUUCUCGUCAAAACAAGUCAGAGAGUAUAUUGAGAAAUACUUCAAGGACAACGAAAGUAUGAAGAACGCUGUACUUAAACAUGUCAUGAACAAUGAGAACCUGGUCAGUUUUGCUCAUAUUCCUAUGCUCUGUUAUCUGUUGUGCUUCGAGAUGGAGUAUACCCUUGCUGAAUCAGAAAAUCCUGAUGACCUUCCUGUCUCAACAACCGACAUUUACACCAAACUUGUUGAUAUCUUUGAACUUAAGCAUUGCGCCGAGUCAGAAUACAGACAGAAAGAAAUUCCUGAGCACUUCAAGCCCCCUCCUGUCAUCAAAAACACAUUAGAGAAAUUGUCAGAGCUAGCGGCUAAACUGCUGGUUAAAGAAAAGCCAACUUUUGAUGAAAGCGAGAUGGAAGGCGAUUUUGAAGCGGAAGAAGUCAACAAACUGAAAGGUAGCGGUCUUCUUUACUGUGGUCAGCCUUUCAGGACUGCAUUGAUUACAACCACGAAACACUUUAGCUUCACACAUCUGACCGUCCAAGAAUUCUUGGCCGCUCGUUGGUUUGUAAAGGAAAAUUGUGUUCCAGACGCGAAAUGCUCUGAAAUGGUUUUCCAAUUCAUGGCUGGCGUGUUGUCAAGUGAGGGAAACGAGGAACUGAUGGAAAAACUAUUAGAUUCACCCUUUAUGCAUUGUAAUCUUAAAAUGAGGUGUCUGAAUGAGUAUCAAAACAAAGAAUUUGCCAAAAAAUUCAUCAGGAAUAAUCCGCAAGCGUUUUGUAAUUCAGACGGCGUCAUGGCUUUUGAGGGUUUAUCAGAUAUGGACUGCAUUGGAGUAUCAUUUGUGUUGGACAUUAUCAGUGAACUAAAUAAAGAGGAAGCUGGAGAGGCACAACACAAAUGUUCUGAUAAGUUCGUCACAGUUAAGAAGUUAGAACUUAGCGGAUCACAGCUAACACUGUCUGGAAUACAACGAGUCUGUAAUUCACUGAACAAUGAACACUGUCUUGUGUCUGAACUGAACUUAUUCGACAUUUACUUGACUGAUGAAUGUGUUGAUGUUAUUAAUAGAUUAGUAGUAAGGAAGUUAACCACACUAAGUCUAGUGACCAUUAAGAUCACUGAUACCGGUGUUGCCAGUCUAUGUGAAGCUUUACAGCAUCCAAGCUGUAAGCUAACCACACUAAAUCUGCUGGGUAGUUCUAUCACUGAUACCAGUGUUGCCAGUCUAUGUGAAGCUUUACAGCAUCCAAGCUGUAAGCUAACCACACUAAAUCUGAGGAUUAGUGCUAUGACUGAUACCGGUGUUGCCAGUCUAUGUGAAGCUUUACAGCAUCCAAGCUGUAAGCUAACCACACUAAAUCUGGGGGAAAAUUACAUCACUGAUACCGGUGUUGCCAGUCUAUGUGAAGCUUUACAGCAUCCAAGCUGUAAGCUAACCACACUAAAUCUGCGGGGUAGUUUUAUCACUGAUACCAGUGUUGCCAGUCUAUGUGAAGCUUUACAGCAUCCAAGCUGUAAGCUAACCACACUAAAUCUGGGGAAUAGUUUUAUCACUGAUACCAGUGUUGCCAGUCUAUGUGAAGCUUUACAGCAUCCAAGCUGUAAGCUAACCACACUAAAUCUGCAGGGUAGUUAUAUCACUGAUACCAGUGUUGCCAGUCUAUGUGAAGCUUUACAGCAUCCAAGCUUUAAGUUAACCACACUAAAUCUGCCUUCGUUUCUUAGUUUUAAACAUCGCGCAAUUCUUAAAGCUAUAACUCAGAGACACCGACCAGCUUUAAACCUGUCUUUUGAGUUUUAUAAGCUUGUAUAGUUUCAUCAAUUUUUAGUAGAUUUUUAUAUUUAAACAAAAUAAAUAGUUGCAAGUCAAAUCUUAAUUUUGGGUCAAAGAGACUUACCAGGUAGACGAAGUAUUUUUAAUCACCAGAGUGAAAAACAACGCUUAAUGUAAAUAGAACCGCAAAUAUUUUGUAAUAAAGGUUUUUUUUACUGGCGA